UUGAUAGUUGCAUAAAAUUCAUAAAUUUACUCUGUCAUAUUUAUUUUUAUUCGUUUUCCAAGGGAUCUUAAACAGCAAAGCAUCACAUGAAGUUGUUAAUCAUUAUACCGUAACUAUUUUGUUUACUACUAAUUUAUAAGAUAUUUCAUACGCUGGCAACAUACAAAAUGGCGUACAAGACAAGCGGCAAGCGAUAGUCGUCAUUUGUGUUAUUUUGUGAAAUAAUGCGAAUUAUAAUUAAAAAUGUCUAAAAAUUUAGAUGAUCAGACUAUUUACGAGAUUUUCCGAGCAUGUCGGCUGUGUGGAGCGGGCGGGGGCUACAAAAUGCCCAUCAUGCCAAGUGUUGUGGGGUUCGAUUGCGAGGAGAUUGAUUUGAAGCGAAAAAUUCAGGAUUGUUUACACAUUGAGGUGAGUCCCGAUGACAAGAUGCCUCCACUGAUAUGUGAGUUGUGCGUGGACAAGGUGAACGAUUUCUACGAGUUCAUUCAGAUGUGUAAAGAGAACAUAGCUCGGACCCGUAUCAGGCUGGGCCUGCCACCGCAAGCUAUGACUCAGGGAAACUCGGACUCGGGAGACUGCAUCCUCGGCGUGACCGAGGCGAUAUACGUGGAAGAUGAACCCCCUCGGACCACCAAGGUCAAGGUUAAAAAGGAGGUCACGGUGAAAAAAGAUGAUAAAGUCAAGAAGCCCAUCCCAGUGUCCACUGCUGGUAAACGGAAAGAAUCCUUAAAACGAGAACUUGACAGGCUGACCAAGUCCGACGCCCCAACAACAAGAGAGUCUCGCGGCGCCACCAGAGAUGUGAGAGGCAGCUCCAGGUCAUCCACCGACUCGGCAGCCGUUCGGCAAACAAGACAUUCGGAUAACUUUGCGCUGAGCAAUAUGAAAGCUAAACAGGAACAAAAUAGAAGUGGAACACCAAAACCAAAGCCAGUUCUGAAGAGGGAAAAAGAAUCAAAGGCUAAAGUAUCGUCUGAUGAUGAAGAGAUUCCACCUCCACGGCCAAAGAGGCAUCGAGAGGCUGAGAUGGAGACGCCUAAUGCCGACACUGCCAGUAAAAAAGUAAAAUUAACGGUAAAACUGAGAUCACCGUCGCCUCCACCGCGGCCCCGCGCCGGUCCAAAGAGCAGGAAACUCGCGACCCCGCCGCCGCUACCCUACCACUGCAAUAUAUGUGACCACGGCUUCCAAUCACCGCAAGGAUACGCCAGUCACACGAGGACUUACCAUGUCAUCAAGUAUACACCAAUAGAGUUGUCGUGCAACCCGUGUGGGGAGUGGUUCCCGACGUCGGAGGAGGCGGCGCUGCACCACAAGCGACAUAAGAACAAGCCGUACCGCUGCCGCGGCUGCAAACAGAACUUCAAGCACAUCGACACUUACAACCAACAUAUAGAGAAGACCAACUGUGUGCCGUGGACAGAGGUGCCUGACGUGAAGUGCGAGCGCUGCUGGCGACUGUACCCCACCCGCGCCCUGCACGAGGCGCACUCGUGCGGGGGACCCGACAACAGGCCCGGAGGUAAAUGCAGCAAAUGCAACAAGAAUUAUCUGACGCUGAAAAAUCUCAAGAAACACGAGAGUGUGUGCGCUGGCAAGAAAAGAGCAGCCAACGCAACGGUGGAGGUGAAGAUCGCGCCGGAGGUUCGUGAGCGACUGAAGUCGCUACAGAUCAGGGUGGCCAAGUGUGACCCACUGCUUAAGCCGAAGAGACGAAGAUACGACGUGUCCAUGGUGCCUGGUGAUUAUGGCCUAGACAGGAUGUGUGUGUACCCAUACCGUUCCCUGGUCCGGAUCAAACGUGAACCACUCCGCUCCGAUGGCAUGGUCAGCAUCAACAAGGAAAUACAAGAUGAGUUCUACAUCGAAGAAGACUACGUUCACUGGGACUCCGAUCUGUCCAGUGGCAGUGAGGAUGAGUACUCUUUAGUCAACCCAACGGAGAAGAGAAGGAGGGUGCCCAGCCUGACAACGUUGUCGUUGAAGACAAUAUUCUCCAAGAGGUGUCUCGGCAAAGUCCCAAGGAAGCUCAGAAAGAUGAAAGAUAAAUUCGACUCGUUCUUCAAUUUAGAGUUUGAUAACAUGGAGAAUGAUGUUAAUAAUAUCAUUGAUAACCUCAGUGAUAACGAUGAGAAAGCCGAUACAACGAGUCAAGAUAGUGAGAAUCUACUGUGUGAUGUGAAUUGUAUCAUUAACAGUUUGGAUCGUGAUUCUGUUGAGACAACGAUCCAAGACAGUGACAAUUGUGUUAGUGCAGCUAAAGGUGUUAGUGUUAACGAUAGUGAUACAAAUGGUGCAGUUCAAAAUGAUAACAGUAGUGUUAAAUCAGUGAACGGUAGCGUAAAUUACGACUCGGUUUCUAUAAUAAAUAAUAAAAUAGACAAAUUAAACGAAGAAGGUGAUUUUGACUCGUUAAAAAACGGUGAUAAUGCAAGUAAUGACAGUGAACUGAAAGAAAAUAAUGGUAACAAUUUAGUUGAUAAAAAUAAUGAUGAUACGGAAAGUGAUUUGUCGUCAGAUGAAAAUAAAACCAACAAAAAUACAGAAGAAAAGGACACAGCAUCGGAGAACAGUCAUGAAAUCGAAUUCAAUCACGUUGGACAUUUAAACGGCGAAAGAAUGUCUUCUAUAAGUAGUGAAAAAAUUAACGGCACAGCAGAUAAGCCUAAUGAAAUGAUGAAAGACAGUGAUGAUUUAACAAAAUCAGAAGAAGAUAAAAAGAUUACGCAUGAAUUAGAUGAACAAAUUGAUGAAAAGCAGAAGGAGAAAGCGGAAGUUGAUAGUAUUGGCGACAAAGAGAAGAUAUCACUAGAAGAUUUAAUGCCAGAUAAAAUUGAAACUCGCAUGGAGUUAGAUAGUGUGUCUGAUGCAGAAUUUGAUUUUGACGCGUAAGAGUAGUAAGGGUGAACAGUUUCGCAAGGAAAUGUAGGUUUUUUUGUAAAAGUUGCGGUAAGUUGAGUUUUUAUCAUAAAGAAUAAGUAUAGAAAGGUAACUCCGCCCCGCGCCAAUUGGUAAGGGACGCUGACGUCACCCCCUCUGGUAGUGUCGAAUGACUGUUGAGGAAGAAGAGACGUGAAAUGCGUCUCGCUCGCACUCGGUUUUUUGUAUGAAAUUCGGAAUUUUUGUUUUUGUAUAAGUUGAAAUAGGUUGAGUUUCCAUUAGUUUUAUAUUAUACAGGGUGUUAGUGACAUCGUAACGAAAACUUUGAGCGAUGAUUCAGACCAUGAUUCUGAGUUAAUAUCAAGUGCAAUUUUCCGUCGCAAAAUUAA